CGGGCGGCCGGUUAGAUGGGACCGGCUGCGCGGUGGCCCAACUUAGACUGUCUCCAGCUCCGCCCCACUGCCACCUGACCCCGCAUGACCAAUCAACCAGUCAGGGGCGGAGGCAGGGCCCGUGCGGCUCUCAGAUUGGCCGGAGCGCGACGCGCAGCCAAUGCGGAUACCCGGGGACCCGAGGCUCCGCCCCAUCAGAGACUUCGGGGCGCUCGGGUUUGGGGUGACCAGCCAGCGAUCAGGGGGAUGGACGCGGCGCGGAAUGGCGCGCAGGGCAGUGUGGAGAGCCCGCCGGACAGGAAGGUCUACAUGGACUACAACGCCACCACACCUCUAGAGCCCGAAGUCAUCCAGGCUGUGACAGAGGCCAUGAAGGAAGCCUGGGGAAACCCCAGCAGCUCCUACGUGGCAGGUAGAAAGGCCAAGGACAUUAUAAACACCGCUCGAGCGAGCCUGGCCAAGAUGAUAGGGGGAAAGCCCCAGGACAUCAUUUUCACUUCCGGAGGCACCGAGUCAAAUAAUUUAGUAAUCCACUCUAUGGUGAGAUGCUUCCAUGAACAGCAGACCCUGAAGGGGCACGUGUUUGACCAGCACAGCCUGGAGGAGGGGGCCAGGCCCCAUUUUAUCACUUGCACGGUGGAACACGACUCCAUCCGCCUGCCCCUGGAGCACCUGGUGGAAGAGCAAGUGGCAGAGGUCACUUUUGUCCCAGUGUCGAAGGUGAAUGGGCAGGCAGAGGCCGAGGAUAUCGUGGCGGCUGUCCGUCCGACCACAUGCCUUGUGACUAUCAUGCUGGCCAAUAAUGAGACCGGCGUCAUCAUGCCUGUCUCUGAGAUCAGUCGUCGUAUUAAAGCCCUGAACCAGAUCCGGGCUGCCUCAGGGCUGCCCCGAGUCCUGGUGCACACGGAUGCCGCUCAGGCACUGGGGAAGAGACGAGUGGAUGUCGAGGACCUGGGCGUGGACUUCCUGACCAUUGUGGGGCAUAAGUUCUACGGCCCCAGGAUCGGUGCUCUGUAUGUACGAGGGGUCGGUAAACUUACCCCCCUGUACCCCAUGCUGUUUGGCGGUGGACAAGAGCGGAAUUUCAGGCCAGGGACCGAGAACACGCCCAUGAUUGCCGGCCUCGGGAAGGCUGCUGAUCUAGUGAGCGAGAACUGCGAGGCUUAUGAGGCCCACAUGAGAGACAUCCGGGAUUACCUGGAGGAGAGGCUGGAGGCUGAAUUUGGUAAGAGAAUCCAUUUGAACAGCCGGUUUCCAGGAGUGGAGAGGCUUCCAAACACCUGCAACUUUUCCAUCCAGGGGUCCCAGCUUCAAGGGUACAUGGUCCUUGCUCAGUGCCGGACACUGCUGGCCAGCGUGGGAGCUUCCUGCCACUCAGAUCAUGAGGACCGGCCAUCCCCAGUGCUGCUGAGCUGUGGCAUUCCCGUGGACGUGGCCCGGAAUGCAGUCCGGCUCAGCGUGGGCCGCAGUACCACCAGGGCUGACGUGGACCUCAUUGUGCAGGACCUGAAGCAGGCUGUGGCCCAGCUGGAAGGCCGGGUCUAGAGCUAGCAGCCACUCUUUCGCUCCGUGGCCAGCUGGACUUUGGCCACUCAAUCCAUAGGAAACCGCUUGCAAAAGCCUCUGGCCCCUAAACUGCCCCUUCUCAAGAGCUGCACUGAGAGGAAUGUCUAACUGUGGGGUGCAGAGUGAUGAGGGGCUGCCCACCUCGCAGAAUCCCAUGCCAGCACCCAUCCUUACAGGCUCAGGACAGCCGUGUCACAUAGGACUUCCCCGUCACCUUCCAACAAAGGCCACGGGAGAAUAGGAAUAUUCCUGUUAUCAGGUAGCCUGCCAGGACGGCCUGACCCCAGAAGGCACCUUGGCCAGAAGACAAAAUCCAAGUCUUGGUCCAGUGUCACUUAGACACUGUGAGAAUAGGAAAGUUGAUUUCGUCUCCACCCAUGGCCUCUUGUGUGCACCUACAGACACACCCCUCCUUAAUGCAGCCCCGCCUCUCUCCUCUGCCCUAGGCCUGCCACUGCCUUGUCCCGGAGGUCACAGUUCACCCUGCCUCACUCAGGGAUCCACCUUCAGUGUGGCCGCCGGAAGGCUGGUGCCUGAUCUCAGUCUUUGCCGAAGUGGAAAGUCUGAUCACUUCUCGCUGAGAUUUAAUUUUAAUUUUAUUUGCAAAAGGCUCUGCCAUCUUGAGGAUGUGUGGCACACGUCACACCAAGGUUUAUAUAGGAAUGUCUUCCUGGGGGAUGCGUUUGGUGUGUGGGUCUGUGGUCCAAAGGAUGACACAAUGAAUGGAAACAGUUGUCAGAAAUUAAAUGAACUAAUGAAAGAUG